UUACAUAUGAACACGGGCACACGAAUCGUCGGCUCACGGCCUCGUCACGCCCACCCUCUCCCUCUUCGGGUUCCAGGCUUCCAAAGUUGUCAGAGACGGCGAGAGUAGGGGGUUUCCAGGAAGCUUCGCCAGGGCGCCGGUAAGUUGACUGGAUUUGCUGCUAGGCAGUCAGGCAAGCUCGAGUUUUGCCAUUUGAGAAGGAGAGGGAAAAUGAUGACCUCGUGGCUUCUGGGCCGCCGGGGCCCCUCCGGCUUCUCCUGGAGUUCCACCGCCGACCAAGUCACGCAGGGCAUCUCCGCCGCCGGCCUCACCGCCAUCGUCACUGCCCAAUCCCAUCCAGGGGCGUCCAGCGGCAUCGGCGCGGAGACGGCGCGAACGCUGGCGCUGCGCGGGGCCCACGUCAUCAUGGCCGUCAGGAGCCUUCCCGCUGCCCAGGCCGUCAAGGACGCCGUCCUCGCCCAGGCGCCGGGGGCCAAGCUCGACGUCAUGGAGCUCGACCUCUCGUCCAUGGCCUCUGUCCGCGCUUUCGCGUCCCAAUUCAUCGACAGGGGUCUCCCCCUCAACAUCCUUAUCAACAAUGCAGGAGUAAUGGCAAUACCUUUUGCGCUUUCAAAGGAUGGAAUUGAGAUGCAGUUUGCAACUAAUCAUGUUGGGCAUUUCCUGCUCACACACCUUCUAUUGGAUACCAUGAAGAGGACCUCUCAUGAAUCAAAUUUGGAAGGAAGAAUUGUCAACGUGUCAUCAGAGGGGCACAGACUUGCAUAUCGGGAAGGAAUCCGUUUUGACAAGAUCAACGAUGAAUCAGUGUAUAGUAGCAUUGGUGCAUAUGGGCAAUCAAAGCUUGCAAACAUAUUGCAUGCUAAUGAACUUGCCAGGCGAUUUGAGGAAGAUAAUGUCAACAUAACUGCAAAUUCUCUUCAUCCUGGUUCCAUUAUCACGAACCUUCUUCGCUACCACAGUAUCCUAGAUGUUCUCCAUCGGACGCUGGGUAAAUUGGUGUUGAAAAAUGCUGAGCAGGGUGCGGCAACUACAUGCUAUUUGGCACUCCACCCGCAUGUGAAGGGCGUGUCCGGGAAGUACUUCUGCGACUGUAACCUGUACGAGCCAAGCGCGAACGCCAAGGACAUGGAGUUGGCCAAGAGGCUCUGGGACUUCGGCGUCGAGCUCAUCACCUAGCUCAUGCUUCUUGUUGUUAGCGACUUGUUUUCAGACAUGGAUGUAAUGUAAAUCCCUUGACAGAUGGUAAAUUCUGUAGGCCCUCGAGGAGCUCCUGUGUGGUAAACUCAUUCACCUCAAUCUAUCUACGUGUAUUAAGGUGGAUUAGGGUGUAAAUUAAAUUAAUUUACACUCCAAUCGCCCUCGAGGAGCUCCGGGGUGGAUAAUGCUUUGGUUGGAUAUUUUAGUAUUCACCUGAAUUUACGUGUAUUAAGAUGAAUUAGGGUGUAAAUUAAAUUAAUUACACUCCAAUCCAUCUCAAUAUAUAUGGAUUAGGUCGAAUACUAGAGUAUUGUAAUACUUCAAAAUCCUAUUUUGGAUAAAUUAGUAAAACGUAUUUCAUGAUUUAAAUAAA